AUGUCGACCGGAAGGAUGGCCGCGUGUGCUCUGACCGCGAGGGUUGCUUCCGGCUCCACCGUCGCCUCCGCCGCGGCCUCCGCGGGUGCGGUCGCCAGGACCGCCUCCAAGCGCCGGCCACGCUGUUGGUCCACGGCCGCCGCCGCGGCCGCCACGGACACGGCUAGGCGCAACGACAUCACCGUCAACGGCAUCGACGGCGGCGGCGGCGGCGGCGGCGGUGGGUUUCGUAGCCGUGGCAGUAGCGCUGGCGACGAACACCUCGAGGCCCUGCUGUCCCUGGUCCUAGCACAAUCAUCCGCUCAGGAUAGAGAGGGGGCGGCGAUCGGUCCUCCUCGCCCGGCGCUGGCGUGGACGACUCGAAACCGCAGCCUCAGCGGCGCUGGCUCGACUGCCGUCGCUGCCGCUGCCGCCGCCGCCGCCGCCGUUGCGAAGAAAGACCGGAGAUCCCCGGGUGGCCGUCGCGGGGGAGGUGGCUUCGACCGCGGCGGCGGUGGCAAAGACCGGGGGUUGUCUACCGAUGACGGUGGCGGUGGGGGUAGUAGAAGUGGCGGCGACGGACUGAGGAGGGCCGGGGUAACCGAGAAGGAGAAGGCCGCCUUCGAGGGAAGCCGCUGGUUGCAGAAACGGCUCGGGCUCAGCGAGCAGCAGAGCGUCAAGAUCGUGCUGGCGGCACCGCUUUCCUUCCAGUGCGAAGGCGGCGGCGCUUGUUCGGAUUCUUCCGGCAACGCCGCCACCACCGCCGCGGUCCCCCUGGACGCAGCCCCGCUUGAGGUGCGUCUCAGCUGGCUUAAGCGCCGCCUCCACCUCAACAGGAGGGACGUACAGAAGGUCGUCCGCGGAUUUCCCAGGAUCUUCGCGGCGAACGUGGAGUCGGAUCUCGAGCCCCGGCUGGCCUGGCUAAAGGCCCGGCUCGGGCUCAAACCCGCCGCCAUCCGGAAGCUCGUCGUGUCGUUCCCGACGCUGUUCGGCAAGAGCGUCGAGGACGGCCUGGAGGCCAAGCUCUCGUGGCUGGAGUCGCGGCUGGGCAUGGACAGCCGGGAGCUGUCCAAGAUGGUGGUCAAGUACCCCACCCUGCUGAGCUACAGCGUGGAGGACAACCUGGAGCCGCGCAUCCGGUGGCUGGAGGAGCGGCUGGGGCUCGACGACGAUGCCGUUCGCAAGAUGGUCCUCCAGUUCCCCGCAGUGUUCGGCUACAGCAUCGAGGACAACCUCGAGCCGAAGAUGUCCUGGCUGCAGGCUAACCUGGCCCUCGACCUCGAGGGGAGCCAGCGGCUGGUGCGGCUCGCCCCGCCCAUCCUGGGCGCGAGCAUCGACGACAACCUCAGGCACAAGCUCUCCCGGCUGGAAGAGAUCCUGGGCAUGGGCCGCGAGGAAGUCGUGGCCGUGCUGAUCCGGAAGCCGGCCCUCCUCGCGCUCGACGCAGAUGGCAACAUCGAGCCCAAGGUUCGCUUCUUCCUGGACGAGAUGGGGGCCAGGCGGCGCGACGUCCGCCAGGCUCUGGAGGCCAACUCGAGCCUCCUCAUGUACAGCCUGGACAAGCGGUGGCGGCCGAGGGUGGCCCACAUGAGAAGCCUGAGGGUGCGGCCGGUGUUCUCGGCGCACUGGAGGGCGAUGGCGACGAGGGGCGACGAGUCCUUCGGCGCGUGGCUGGAGGAGCAGCAGACGUUGCUGGGGAAGAGAGACGGGGGGGUUUUUUUAUGCCCCCCCCCCCCCCCCCAGCAGCAAGCUGGCUUUGCUUUCGGGGCACAUGCAUGGGGUGGAGAGAAACGCGCGCUGCUGGGACCUGCCCAAUAUUUACCUUGGCAUGUGGUGACGGUACUGCUGUACGGCGGCGGGAACCGGAUCGACAAGCUUCGACCCAUGGCACAGGGGGAGACCCACGGGAAAUGAGAGAACAAACGACCGCGUAGCUGUUGGUGUUACCGUACCGUGUACCCAGGUUUGUUCGUGGUUGGUGACCUUUCAGGCUAGGAAACUUCGUUGGAUGAUGUGUACUUGAGGCGGUCAUGGGCAGGGCGGCAGGAGAGGGCGCAAACGCGGGGGGGAAAUAGUUUCCUCUUGUCUGUCUCCCUCUCGCGUUCUUGCGACACGCUAAUCGUCCCUACCUUACUGUAGCAAUCAAGAGGCUUCAUUUCACGUUGUUCAUACUUUCUUUGUGCCUUUUUUUCAAGAAACGCAGAUGUAU